AUGGUUGUUGAGAACGACGCCGCUCCAAGCACCUUGGAUGGCUGGGACAGCCUCCCUCCAUUCCCAACGAACAUUCCUGUCGCAUCUGUCAACAAUAUUUCCCACGCCAGACUACUCAAUGGAGACGCUGAGGAAUUGAAGAACCUACUCAGCUCAGCCAGGACGACCGGCUUUGUUCGAAUCGACUUCACAGACACAGAGCUUGGACGUCGUUUUCUCGAUGGCGCGGACAAGAUGUUCAAGCUGGCAGCGAAGACCUUUGAUUUGCCUGCUGAGGUGAAGCUGAAUGACAACAUGUUAAAUCAUGGCGAUGCAUUGCUUGGAUACAAAGGGCUCGGAGCAUCUGUCGUCGACAAAGAUGGUACCCGCGAUAACAACGAACAAUACUGGAUCGGCUGCGGCGACAUCGCAGGCGAAGGCCACUCACGCGCAAUCUACAACGACGUGCUCAACGCUCACAUGCAUGAGAUGAAAAGCUUCCAAGACACAGGCAAAGAAAUGACAGAUCAACUCCUCAUGGUCUUCGCUGCUGUCCUUGGCAUCUCCGCCGACUCACCGGAUUACCUCCCCAAACUCCACUCUCACAGUCAGAACUCCGGCUCGCACGUGCGGUUGCUCAAGUGUCCCAGUCGACCAUCUGCCAAAGCUGCGAACCUCCAGCCUCACACUGACUGGGGAACCUUGACUGUUCUCUUCAAUGCCCUGGGUGGCUUGCAACUGUACCUCCCACAGUCUUUGCUCGGGCCCGAUCAGGAAGCUGGCUGGUACUACGUAAAGCCCGAGCGUGGCACCGCCCUCGUCAAUCUCGGCGAUGCCAUGGUUAGCUGGAGUGAUGGCGAGUUCAAGAGCAACAUCCACCGCGUGGUGGCACCUCCUGGAGAACAAGCACAGUGGGCGAGAUACAGCCUUGCAUAUUUCACGAGACCGAAUCACGAUGUUCCUAUGAAGCCGCUGGGGAGGAAGAUCACGGCGGCGAACAGUGAGGAGCAGUAUCCUACGUUCAAAGAAUGGGCUAUGAGAAGGGCAUUGGCGGGACGCGCAGACACCUUCAAGAAGGGCGAUUGGGAGAAGGGACAAGGAACUGAGGGAAAAUUGGCGGUUGAGGCUAGAGCGUAG